AUGUCGAAAAGUAUUUCUAAAACUCGAAGGGAUAAGCUUAUUCGGGGAAACAAGUCAAUUUUGUCUUUCUUUAAAAGCACAAAUGAAUCUGACAAAGCAAUUACUGUAAAAGAAGCAUUGAAGACUCUAUCAGGGUCUGACAAAACUUGUGGCCCUUUAACAGAUACUGAGGCUUUGACGUAUGAAAACGCUGAUACUCCCUUCACUGUGGAUGCUUUCAGAUAUGGGUUAAUCACAGGCUGUAGUGGAUAUUUCCUAACUCAUUUUCAUUCUGAUCAUUACAUUGGUCUUACGUCGAAAUUUACCGGUACAAUUUAUUGCAGCGAGGUCACUGCCAAACUUCUUAAGAAUAAGUUUGGUCAGUCGCUUUCUAUUGUUGAUUUACCAACAGAUGUCUUUAUAAAUGUCAAUGGAUUUGAUAUUUUUCUAUUAGAUGCUAAUCAUUGUCCCGGUUCGGUAUUAAUUCUUUGUCGCUUUCCUACGGGUAAUGUGCAUUUGCACACUGGUGAUUUCAGGGCUCAAGCAAAUAUGUUAAAGGCGCCUAGUCCAUUAGCCGAAUUUAUCUUUCCCAAACAGCGGAUUAACACCCUCUAUCUCGAUACAACGUUCUGUGCUCCUGAAUUCAAAUUUCCUCCGCAAGAAUCCGUUAUCGAUGCUGCGAUAGAAAUAUCUCGUGAAGCUCUGGUUACUCAUCCAGAUGCUCUUACUCUAUGCGGAAUGUAUACAAUUGGGAAAGAGCGUUUUGUACUGGGUAUGCUAUCUACUUACUGUUUACUAUUUUAG